CCUGCGGCCCAAAAAUGUGAUCAAAAUAGGGUGUUUUCAAUGAUUUGGGAGAUCUCAACAGACCGUUGGAAAAACUUCAAUCAACGGUUGAUUGAAGUUUUUCCAACUGUCUGUUAGCUAUGUUUUCUUAUAAUUAUUGUUCUCUAUGCCUGAGGGGACAGAUAUUUUUGUAUCAGAAGAAAUGCAACAAUAUGUUACUUGCACAGCAAACGAUUAUUCAUUGUACUGUUGUAGUCUACCAAAAAAUGUGUUUUGAGACUAGUUUCAUGGAAAUUUCUGAAAUUGCGAAACCUUUCACAUGACAUAAGUUGGCAGUUUGUUUUUUAUUGGUCACGGAUACCAGAAGCACUUCUCUGUUUGUGUGCAUCGAUGCCUUUCGUUAGAAAGGGACUGUGAGAUUCGUUUCAAGUUACAAAAUACGUUUAUCAUUAGCCGUGAAUUAAUCCUUUAUUGGAAUAAAAACUAUAUUCAGGUGCCAUGAGGAGGGUGGAGAUAAUAUACAAUAUCCGUCAUGCCACUCAAGUCUCAGCGUACUUUCAGAUUUUAACCUCAUUAAAAGAAAUAUUUCCGUUUUAAAAGCAGGAUGCACACAUGAAGUGUACUGUACUAAAACACGGAUACCAUAAUGUGGUCAUAUACCAUUAAUGUUUCUUUAUUUUGAAAUGUGAUUGAAGAAGGCAUGGCAUUAUCUUUUUGAUCUGUUAAAGGUCAAAAAUUGAACUCUCUUUUUUGUUCAAAAUCAAUUAUUGUCCCGUAAAUGUGCAGUUCUCAGUACUAAAACGCUGUGAUAUCUUCCUCCUUUAAUCCCAUUUUUGUUCGUCCAUUAUAUUUUUUGUUUCAAAUAUAAACUGUUUCCGUCAUUUUUGAAUGUGAAGAGGCGUCUAAAUUUUUUGUUAUGUUUAUGUAUUGACAAGGAGCUUGUUAAUGCUGUAUGACUUUGACUUUACACAUUUCUUUUUUCAUUCAACACUUGUCAAAAAGUGGUCAUUAGAGAAUGCUUAACCAAGAGAGCAAGUUGUUAUUUGGAAACGACAUUUGUUGUUUAAUUGAUUUUUUAAAAUUGUCUCUUUUAAAAAGGUUAUUCAACUUCGUAUGACCUGAUAUUUUCAGACGUAAAAUUCAUAUUUAUUUCUUCAGCGAACAAUUGUUUAGCAAAUACCAAAUAUUGAUUAAACCAACGUUGAAAGUAAAUGUAACUCUAAAAAUGGCCACGCGGUUCAAAUUUUACAAUAAAUAGACGCAUGAUUAGCAAACAGAUGCUGGGAGAGAUCAAUUUUCGCUCUCUAGCCUUUGUAUUGAAAUUGAUGAACUUCGAGUUAACUAUUUAUUUAAAUGAAACCUUGAACCCAUUUCGCUGACCGAUUUUAGAUUGAGAACAUGUGGCCGCUUUGAUUGAUCGAAUGAUGCAAUUUUACAAAUAUUGCUCCUGAAAAUUUCAACGAAUCAAGAAACAGUUAUGGUUCACCAGCAGAAUAUAACACCAAAAUUGUCAAUUGAAGACGCCAUUGUGAAAUUAUGAUCAAUUAUUAUUGCUAAAGUUUGACCUUAAUUUGCCAUUUUGUGAGUAAAAUCUGGUCAGUUUUGACGAAUUCAUUAAAUUAUUGCCUAUUUUUUUGAAACACUGAGAUUUUUUGGGUUGUGCUGUGUUGACUAAUGGCGACAAAAAGACCGCAUGAUUCCGGCGAUAAGGAAAAAAGUGGUGCCGGAACGUCGGCAAGAUCCGAAAGCGAUGGAAGUGGCGACGAAGACAUUGAAAUGUCGGAUUCAGAUGCCGAAGGUUUCUCGUACAUAUCGGCUAAGCAGCGAAAAGAGUCGGAGCUUGAAGUUGCGAAGAAUAAAUACAAGAAGUUUUUAACUGGAGAUAGUAUUACUAGCGUACAUGGCAAUAGCAAAGCCAAUAAUGAUUCAGACGGUGGUACGAAUGAAGAACAAGUAGCGGAAAAAGAGAUUGAAAAGAUUGUGGUUCCGGUUGGCGGCAGUGCUCGUCGGAACGAGGCGAGUCUUCUGGACCAACACUCAGAAUUGAAAAGUAUGAAGAAAGAAUCAGAAAUGAGCGAAGCAGUGAAGCAACAAGACGAAGAGAAGCGUCUGUUGGAUUACGUGGCUGAGAAAACGGCGCUCAAGGCGGUACAGGAGAUCGCACGCAAUAUUUUGUACACAGACCCCAUCAAAACUACAUGGUCUUGUCCCAAAUGGCUGCAGGACAAAUACCCCUCCUACCACGACAGAGUGAGGAAAAAAAGGAAUAUCGAAGUUGAGGGCGAGGACUGUCCUCCUCCCAUCACCUGCUUCAAACAGAUGAAGUUGCCCAAGUGUAUUAUGAAGGCACUAGAGUCGAAGGAGAUCAAAGUGCCCACUGCUAUACAAGUUCAGGGACUACCUGCUGUACUAUCAGGUCGCGAUAUGAUCGGAAUAGCCCACACCGGAUCCGGAAAAUCUCUAGUUUUCACCCUCCCAGCAGUCCUUUUUGCCCUGGAGCAGGAACUGAAUCUACCUUUCGUGAGGGGAGAGGGACCCUACGCCCUCAUUGUGUGUCCCUCUAGGGAACUGGCCAGACAAUUGUAUGACCUGUGCAAGUUUCUAGCUGAAUCACUUGAACAAGCUGGUCACUCGAGGCUAAAUAUUGCACUAUGUAUUGGAGGAGAAAGUGUUCAGAAUCAGGUGAAGAAUCUGAAGUACUCUAUUCAUAUCUGUGUGGCCACUCCGGGCAGACUCAUGCACCUGUUGAAUGAGAGGAUCAUGAACCUACACACCUGCAGAUACCUCUGCUUAGACGAGGCAGACCGCAUGAUUGACAUGGGUUUCGAGGAGGACAUCAGGACGAUAUUCUCCUUCUUCAGGGGCCAGAGACAGACUUUACUGUUCAGCGCAACCAUGCCCAAGAAGAUCCAGAACUUCGCCAAGAGUGCACUCAUCAAGCCCAUCCUCAUCAAUGUCGGCAGGGCAGGUGCCGCAUGCCAGACUGUAUCACAGAGUCUGCUGUAUGUGCGAGAAGAUGCGAAACUGACUCUUGUGCUGGAGUGUCUGCAGCAGACGGCGCCUCCAGUGCUCGUCUUUGCAGAGAAGAAGCACGACGUGGACACGAUACACGAGUACCUUUUGCUCAAAGGUGUGAAGGCGGUGGCAAUACAUGGAAGUCUAGACCAGGAGGAGAGAUCGAGAGGAGUGGACCACUUCAGGGAGGGGCUGAAGGACGUUCUAGUGGCCACAGAUGUGGCCUCCAAGGGUCUGGAUUUCGACAACAUCCAACACGUGAUCAACUAUGACAUGCCAGAUGACAUCGAGAACUACGUGCACAGGAUAGGAAGAACGGGCAGGAAAGGGAAAUCGGGAUUGGCUACAACUUUCGUUAACAAAUCCACAUCACAAUCUGUGUUACUGGAUGUAAAACACCUAUUAGUCGAGGCGAAACAGCCCCUACCUCCCUUCCUGGAAGCUCUGGAAGACGAGCCCGGACUUUCUCUUAUAAGCGAUGAUGUCGCUGCUAACGCCCUCUCGUCUACGAAUCCAAACUCAACCUCAGCUACUCUUGGCUCCGCAGUGAAUGCCGACAAGGGCUGCACGUAUUGCGGUGGUCUUGGUCACAGAAUUUUGGCUUGUCCGAAGUUAGAGUCAAUGCAACAUAAGCAGGCUACCAAGGCAGGAAGUAAAGACUAUUUAGCACAGGGAUCCUCGGACUGGUAGUACAGAGUCUGAUUUCCGCCCGUGCGUGACUUGACGACCGAGUUAUCUGAUAAUCGUUUUAGCUUUAGUUAGGACGCUUUUUCAUUCUGAUACUUUACGAUGUGGUGUAUCGUCGACCUGAAUUUCAUUGUUGAUUUUUCAGUCUUAUUGAUUGUUGUUUUGAAGUCUUUAUUAGCUGAUAAAAGUCAAAAUGUUAAUUGAAAUAUUUAUAUUCA